AUGGGGUGCGCGCGGACGGUGAAGGCCGGGGCGGCGGCCGCGGCGGCCGUGCUGGUGGCCGCCGGGGUGAGGAUGGUGGGGCCGGCGGCGGCGGGGUUCGUGGCGGAGGAGAUCCCGCGCGCGCAGGCCGCGGCGGCCACCUGGCUCACGCCGCCCUACCUGUACCUCGUCAUCAACGCCAUCAUCAUCUCCAUCGCCGCGUCCUCCAAGUUCCAGACCAGCCGCGCGUCGGGCUCCCACGCCGCUGUGGGGACGGAGCCGGUUCCAGUGCCUUCCCCGGGAUUGGCCAUGCCGAUGGAGGUGAGUGCACCUGCAGUCACCAUGGCGAUGACGGUGCCCGUUCCGGAGCCGCGUGUUCCGGAGGCCGUGCCGAUGGUCAAGACGCCCCCUGCGCCGGUGCCGGCGCCUGAGAUGGAGGAGGAGGGGGACUUCCUGAUUUCAAGAUCUGCAUGGACGCCGCAGCGGAGGGUCACGGAGACGGAGGUCGAGGUGGCGCCGUUCGCGGACCUGACGAACAAGAGGGAGAAGCCGCUGUCGUCUGCGCGGUUCGGUCGUAAGGCGGCCAAGCCCAGCCCAGAAGGCAGCAGGGCGCUGCGGGUGUCGCGGCCGCGGAGGGAGGACACUCUGGAGAGCACGUGGAAGGCCAUCACGGAGGGGCGGGCGCCGCCGCUGGCGCGACACCUCAAGAAGUCGGACACCUUCGACACCCGCCCGGGCCGCCGUCCGUCCGGCGGCGGCGAGGAGGCGGCGCCCCCCGCGGCGACGAUGCGCAAGGCGGAGACGUUCAACGACCCCGCCGCGGCCGUGGCCGGCGCAGGCGAGAGGAAGGUUCGGCGCGAGCCGUCGCUGGGGCAGGACGAGCUGAACCGGCGUGUGGAGGCCUUCAUCAACAAGUUCAACAUGGAGAUGCGGCUGCAGCGGCAGGAGUCGCUGAAGCACUACAGCGAGAUGGUCGGCAGCGGCGGCGGCCGUUACUGA